GCCCCCCCCCAUGUGAUGCAGUGAUUUCCUGCACAUUUCCUGGCCUCGGCUGGUGAGUUGCUCGGCUGGUGAGUUGCCUGCCUGUUGGCCCCUCUCCGGGGCUCUCUUGCUUCACCCCGUCAACCCGUUCCUGGAUUUCGUCCAGAGGUAGCACCGCCAUGCUGCGUCGGAAGCCCUCCAAUGCGAGCGAGAAGGACCCGCCACAAAAGAAGAAACUCUCACUGCAGCGGUCCAGCAGCUUCAAGGACUUUGGCAAAUCGAAACCCAGCUCACCUCUGGCCAUCGAGAAGGAAUUCAAUCUGGAAGAGGAGAUCCCUGAAAGCAGCCAGACAAACUCACUGCCCAGCCCUGAUGACACGGGACGAAGCAGCAACUCGAAACUGGGCAAAAGAUGGAGAGCUGCCAUCUCUCGCACUAUGAACCGGAAGAUGGGCAAGGCAGCAGCCAAAGCACUGGCAGGGGAGGGAGAUUCUGACAGCAAGGCAGUGGCGUCUCCUCUCAUCAGCCCUGUUGAGGGUGAAGCCCCCACAUUUCCAGAAGCAGCAGAGGAGACUGACAGCCCUCAGACCCCAACUGGAGAUGACCCGUCUAGUCCCAGAUUGAUGGGGAGCACCCACAACAGCAAGAAAGCAGAAGAACCUAGCCCCACACCAUACAGCGGCCCUUUCUGUGGAAAAGCUAGGGUCCACACAGAUUUUGUUCCCAGUCCGUACGACAAAGAUUCCCUCAAGCUUCAGAAAGGGGACGUCAUCCACAUCAUUGCAAAGCCUCCUGUGGGCACCUGGACGGGCCUCUUGAACAACAAAGUAGGCUCCUUCAAGUUCAUCUACGUGAAUGUCAUCCCAGAGGAGCCGGCGCCGGUAGCGAAGAGCUGUUCACGCAGCAGGAGUAAGAGGCCCAAACCUAAGACCUUGCAUGAACUGCUGGAACGCAUCAAUCUGGAGGAGCACACCUCCACAUUGCUCCUGAAUGGCUACCAGACCUUAGAAGACUUCAAAGAACUGCAGGAGACCCACCUGAAUGAACUGAACAUCACUGACCCACAGCACCGUGCCAAACUGCUCACAGCAGCUGAUCUACUGCUGGAUUAUGACACAAGCAGUGAUGCCGACGAAGACGCAGGAAGUGUGGAGGCACAACUUGUCCUUGGAGAGCCAAAGGAGGACAUCCCUCGAGAUUCGGGCUGCUUUGAAGGGAUGGAGGCGCUGGACAGUGGGCGGGAGGACUCUAAACUGGAAGAAGGCCUGCAGUCUCUCUCCCUGGCGGACGCCCACUAAAGCCCACCCACUCCAUGCGCACACAAGCGGCUGUUCUCGGUGGGCCACUCACCUCAAGGCCCGAAGCCACAGCUGUGCAGCAGCAUAAGCUUCCACUUUGGAUGGAGUAAAAUCACCACUCCAGUUCUCCUGCACCUGGCUGACAGGCUGGAUCAAUACAAUUCCUAUAGCCCAGGACCCUGCUCUUUGCUGGGCCAGAAAACCCUCAGACAUGGGCUUUUUCUAUUUAGGCAAGGCCACCUUCCAGUCUUCUCACAUAUAAUGGGGCACUUGCUACACAACCACUCAGGAACUGAGAGCCACUGAACAUGUGGGUGAAUCAGGAUUGGCCUCGUUUCUCACAGGUCCUCCUGAUGCAAAAUGAUCCUGAACAGGGCCUAUUCGGCAGGGCGCACAGCUAUCCAUACUGAAUGCAACUACGUAUGCCCUCCCACUUCCCCCUGCGCUGAAGAACUGGAAAUGUGCCCCUCCCUUUCGCACUAGCAAAGAGUAUUAUUUCAAGGCAGCAGCCUCAAGGAAGAGAAUGGACUCUUUGUUUUUCUCUUUCACUGUAUUCAGUGUUAUACAUGUUAACAGCUAGUUAGUUGUAUGGGUGCCGCUGCAACUUCCCAGUCAACCGCAGAGGCGGGCAAUUCCUGAACGAGCUGAGCUGCCCAGGAAGAGCAAGCCUCACUCGGACCAGGACAGGAUUGCUGCCUGGGAUGUCGUGCUUUGCCUGGCAAAAUGAGUGAAGGUCUUAGACAUCAGAUCCAGAGUGUCAAUAAAGCAUUUAUCCCCAUA